AUGGCUCGACUUUUGCUGCUGCUGUUUUUUGUUGCAUUCAUGGGGUUCACAGCUCAAGCAUUCCUUUUUGGAAAGGUAGGAUAAACUAGAUUGUGAAUAACCAAAUAUUUUUAAAAUGAAACAAAGAGGAUUGACAUACGGUAACAGCCGAACAGAAUUUCUGGCGAUUUUCAAACUGUUGCUUACGAACAAAAGGAAACACAAAGCGCGCAGCUUUUAUUGAACAAUGGCAGAGGUGAAUAAAUUUAAGCAGGAUCGGAGAUACUCUCGCACUAAAAGUAUUAAAAAUUUAAUAUGGUCUUAAUUUCUUUUAGUUACAUGCAACUUACACGCUAGCCUAAAACUCCGAGAUGACAUUUACGCUGUAGAUUUACGUUUUCAUUUUUUGCUCUCGACAGCGUUCCUUGCCAGACAAUGAGCAAAGGAUUGAUACCAGAAACGCCAUUCUGCACAAACUUUUUGGUAAAGGUUAGAACUUAGAAACUGUCAAAAGAGCAGUUUUGAUAUUGAUAGAUUACAAAUUGAAACAGUUUUUAACAUUUUUUUCCCCUAAAAUUAUUGUUUUAAAGGCGAAAACGUGAACAAGUAUGAAGCCGGAGCCUUAAACUGGAAGGACGAAGAUAUCCCGGAUUUCAUGUCUGAGGAAGGUAACUAU